GAUUCCUCCGAGGCUUAUAACUCCCCAUUCUCCCGCCAAUCAAACAGGCCGACUCGCCGCUUCCAGCUGGGCGGCGGCGUCUCUCACGGAUGCUUUUGUAAAGCAGCCUCAGGCGGCCCGGGCCCGUGGCGCGCUCAGUCCCGGAAGUGACGUCUCCCAGAGGGGCCGGAGGUGGCAGUGGAGGGAGGGAAGAUGGCGGAGGUGGUGAGUCCGGUGCCCGGGGCGGGGCGGAGGGAACCAGGGGAGGUGGGUAGAGCCCGAGGCCCCACAGUAGCCGACCCUGGCGCCGCGCUGUCUCCCCAGGGGGAGAUAAUCGAGGGCUGCCGCCUACCCGUGCUGCGGCGGAACCAGGACAACGAAGAUGAGUGGCCCCUGGCCGAGAUCCUCAGCGUGAAGGACAUCAGUGGCCGGAAGCUUUUCUAUGUCCAUUACAUUGACUUCAACAAACGCCUGGAUGAAUGGGUGACUCACGAGCGUCUGGACCUAAAGAAGAUCCAGUUCCCCAAGAAAGAGGCCAAGACCCCCACCAAGAACGGACUUCCUGGGUCCCGCCCCGGCUCUCCAGAGAGAGAGGUGCCGGCCUCCGCCCAGGCCAGCGGGAAGACCUUGCCAAUCCCGGUCCAGAUCACACUCCGCUUCAACCUGCCCAAGGAGCGGGAGGCCAUUCCCGGUGGCGAGCCCGACCAGCCGCUCUCCUCCAGCUCCUGCCUGCAGCCCAAUCACCGCUCAACGAAACGGAAGGUGGAGGUGGUUUCACCAGCAACGCCAGUGCCCAGCGAGACAGCCCCGGCUUCAGUUUUUCCCCAGAAUGGAUCAGCCCGUAGGGCAGUGGCAGCUCAGCCAGGGCGGAAGCGGAAAUCGAAUUGCUUGGGCACUGAUGAGGACUCCCAGGACAGCUCAGAUGGAAUACCAUCAGCGCCACGCAUGACCGGCAGCCUGGUGUCCGACCGGAGCCACGACGACAUUGUCACCCGGAUGAAGAAUAUCGAGUGCAUCGAGCUGGGCCGGCACCGCCUCAAGCCGUGGUACUUCUCCCCAUACCCACAAGAGCUCACCACGUUGCCUGUUCUCUACCUGUGCGAGUUCUGCCUCAAGUAUGGCCGUAGCCUCAAAUGUCUGCAACGUCACUUGACCAAGUGUGACCUGCGACAUCCUCCAGGCAACGAGAUUUACCGCAAGGGCACAAUCUCCUUCUUUGAGAUUGAUGGACGUAAGAACAAGAGUUACUCCCAGAAUCUGUGUCUUUUGGCCAAGUGUUUCCUCGACCACAAGACUCUGUACUAUGACACAGACCCCUUCCUCUUCUAUGUCAUGACAGAGUAUGACUGCAAGGGCUUCCACAUUGUGGGCUACUUCUCCAAGGAAAAGGAAUCGACGGAAGACUACAACGUGGCCUGCAUCCUGACUCUGCCUCCAUACCAGCGCCGGGGCUACGGCAAGCUGCUGAUUGAGUUCAGUUAUGAGCUCUCUAAAGUGGAGGGGAAAACAGGGACCCCUGAGAAGCCGCUCUCGGAUCUUGGCCUCCUGUCCUAUCGAAGUUACUGGUCCCAAACCAUCCUGGAGAUCCUCAUGGGGCUGAAGUCGGAGAGCGGGGAGAGGCCACAGAUCACUAUCAAUGAGAUCAGUGAAAUCACCAGCAUCAAGAAGGAGGAUGUCAUCUCCACUCUGCAGUACCUCAACCUCAUCAACUACUACAAGGGCCAGUAUAUCCUCACGCUGUCAGAGGACAUCGUGGAUGGGCAUGAGCGGGCUAUGCUCAAGCGGCUCCUUCGGAUUGACUCCAAGUGUCUGCACUUCACUCCCAAGGACUGGAGCAAGAGGGGCAAGUGGUGAUCAGGCACUGCCCAUUGCACGUGCCAAGACAGCUAGCAGAACUGGGACUGACAGCCCAUCCCACCCUCACUGGGGCUCCCAAAAGGCACGCCAAGGGAGAUGCGGCUGAGGACAGCUCCAAAAGAAGGGGACAGGGCUGGCAGGCACCAGCUGGUCCUCAGCACGAAGGCGAGCUCAUGGCUCAGGUCAACUUCAAGACUGGCUGGCUGCAGGCCCAGGUCUGAUCUGAACCAGGGACCAGAGAGCCAGGCAGCUGUGUACAGUGAGAAGGGGGGUGGGGGCACUCUGUACAGAGGGCUGGUGAAUGUAAAAAUAAAUUUCUUUUGUAAAGUAAGAGUUUUGGGGGUGGGGUGGAUACUGGCUGUAAAAUUCUGGCCUCUCUUGCCCACAUUGCACCUGGCAAUAAAUUGUUUCUAUAG